AUGGGUGGAUCGUCAAGAAACCCAACUACCAUUGGUACAAAUGUCAACAAUUUGCUGGCCCUUGACGAGAUACGAAUUCCAGAAGGGUCACAUCUUCCUGAGACUCACCCUCAAGACUAUGUUUGGUCGCAGGGAUUGGUGGAAGCAAUGGUGGUGGCCUUGAGCUUCUGGGCCAGAGAGCCCCAUAGUACACCGAGAUUGAGGGUGAUGACGCCUGCACAAUGGAAGGAGCACAUCAACAGCAACCAUGAGGUGUACAAAAAGGAGUGCGCUACUUGCGUAACCUCGAGAGGUACAGGAGCUCAGCACCGUCGAGUCCAUCAUCCUGAAGCGUAUGUGCUAACAGCAGAUGUGGCAGGUCCUAUAGCAAAAGGGCUGGACCCAACGUCAAAAGGGACAAUGGGGAAGAAUCUCGUUCCUAAAGACUACCUGAAGCUGUACACUGGCCGGGACACCCCAGAAAAACAUGGUGAAGAGGAAGAGCCUGGCACCACGCAAGAUGCAGAAGAUGGGUUCGAGGAUUUAUUUGAGAACAAGCCAGUGGAAGCUGAGGAAGCAGAUGCGGAGGAAGUGGAGGUACAUCGGGUUCCGGAAGUUCUGAACAAGGACCUGGCCGAGUUGCCAAGUGACGUGGAGGAAUAUGAGCCGUCGCUACCAGAAGAAGAUGCUGUUUCCAAGGAAGAGGAGGAGACAGAGCCAGCGGAACUGUUGGCCAUGAUCGAUGGGGGUAUAGCAAUGAAGGGAAUUGAAGCUUUACUGGGCGAUAUGAACGUUUCCGUCGAAGAGAAAGUCAUCGCUUCAGAUAGCACAGCAGCCCUGUCAAUUACUGGAGGAAUACAGGUUGAUCAGGAUGCGGCAGGGUUCCUUAUGAUCAUGCUGAUGCUCCUGGGUAUGAUGUUGAUCUGGGAAGGGAUUCGGUGGCUAGCCAUAGAAAUCUGCAAUGAGUGGACUCCAGGAGCUAACGCGAGGAGUUCGCAGCAGGGGACAAUGGGUCAGGCAGCAGUGGAGGUGGAGAGACGCUUGGACCAGGAGGAGCCGGCUGUGGCAGCUCCUGCCUUUGUGCCGGCCGCCCGGCGACAGGACGACCAGCCUUCCGGGUCGGCCUCCCUACCCCUAAGCUCCCGUGCGCCUGUCGACGGUAGGUUUAGCAGGAGGCAGGCUAUCACUUUGGCUUUCCCUUCGCUGCCUGACUACCUCGUGGACUCUUGCCGCCAGUUGUCCGUGGGGAGCCUUACCCCCCAACAGCGUGCCAAUCGUGCGUGGCUCGCCGGCUGCUGGGCCCGAGCUGUUCUGGACGGUCAGGUGGACAAGCCUGACCCGUCGGAGCCCUUGGACGUAAGCUCUCGUUACGACUGCGUGCUGCGCGCCGAGGGCCUGCCUUCUCCGGUUGUCUGUGGUUCGCUGUCUGCCUUCAGGCGUGUCGUCGGCCCCGUCUUGGGCCGCUCGGUCACCCACGGCUUCCCCUUCCACCUCGGAGUGCAGAGUGUGAUGGACUUUGCCCAGCUGGUGGCUUACGAGUCGGGUCCUCUUGAGGUUUUGGAGUUUUCAUGGCCGCCGGCCGCCGAAGACCAGGAGGAGAGGGACCUUGGACAGCAGCCCGCCGAGGGGAACUGGAUCGCGGCCCAGGACCAGGAGCGUCUCUCGGCCUUGGUGGUGGACAUGGCCGAUCACAUGGCCGAGCAGCUGGCUCCAGCAGACCUGUCUGCGGAGGAACUUGUGUGCUUUCGUCAGAGGGAGCCGAUGCUCUUUCCCCUGGCCUCCGAGGUGCUGAAGCAGUCCAAGGAGUGGCUGCUGGGAACGGGAAAUCUGCCCGAGGACAGGUCUGGUUACCACACCGCAGCCUCUGCCACCGAAGCUCCCGCACCACGGCCCAAGCCUCCGAAGCCGAAGAGGCCUACGGUGCAACAGCUGGCCGCCCAGCAAGCUCAGAUGAUGCAGCUUAUGACUUCAGUUGUGGAGCGUCUCGACGGUUUGCAGGCCCCAGUGUCCCCGGCUCCCGGGCCCCCUGGGCCGACUGCAUCAGCCCCUCCUGCCGCAGUGAACACCGCGAUCCUGCAAAAGCCUUUGGCGUCAGUCCUCCCCAGGCCUCAGCUGCCCCUCGCGUUUUGGCACAAGCCAUCGGCCCUCCACCUCCUACCCGUGCUCAGCCUCCCGCGGCUCCUGCUCAAGUGGACUUGGAAGAGACGGCUCCAGGAGGAGCUGGCGAGCCGAUCCGGGGCGUUCGCCGACAAGAUCCGGGCGAACAUGGGUCGGCGUAUGGACCCCACUCACCUGAUGGCCGAGGAGCAGAUUUCAUUCAUGAGGUACCUGGAGAGGCACGGGGCCUUCUCGGCUCAGCCUCUGCUGGGGCUUCUGGCUUGGCAGACUGCCCAGGCUCUCGACCUCCUGGCCGCUGGGUCGGAGGCCGGCGCCCGGGACACUCUCUCCUUGAUCUUGCUCAUGAUGGAGCAGACGGCUUUGGAUGGGGGCAACAGCUCCCUAUCUUGGCUCCUAACCUUGCAAGCGGAGCCGCCACAAAGCUUGUUUCAGGUGCCUGCCUCGGUCCCGGGAGCUCAGCUGCCGGUGUUUUCAGCGCUUGCCGAGCAAAAGUGGGUGACAACAGCGCUGGCUUACGCAAAGGAGCUGGAUACCAUAAGUGUGCGCCGCUCCGAGGCACAAGCAAAGGGGCCCGGGGUCCCAAAGACCCCCUCGAAGCCAGCACCUCCGCCUCCUGCACCGCCCGGCCCGGGGGACCUCACAAAGAAGCAGCAGAGGGCAGUCGGGAAGGCGGUCUUCCUCGGCUGGUGCCCCUGGACUUUGGACUACCUCUACCUUCGGAGCCUCUCUGGACUCCCCUUCGCCGCCGGCAGCAGCCUCAGAGAAGAGGGCGAGUUCACCUUUGAAUCCUGGAUCGCCGCUCUGCCCCGCCUUCUCAAGCGUGGGAAGACCCAGCUGUCCGGGUUUCUUGUUUCGACUUUGAAUCUGCGAAAGGGGACCUCACCCGACCCCUCAGCCGCUCUUUAUCCGCUGCCUCUCCUUCACGAGGGGGUCUUCCACCAGCGGUCCUGCCGAAACGCGUCUGACCGCCGGGCUUUGGCCGUUCGGCGGUGCGUGCCUCUCAACCCGGCCCAGGCCAAGGCCUAUCGUCGGAUCGAGCUUUCGGAGGUUGUGUCUUUUGUUGAGCGCUGUGGCUUGACUCCUGGCGCCUAUCCUGGCGACGGUGCCUUGCCUGAGGAGGUCUUGCAUUUUGCCGGGCUUGAGGCCCCUCACCCCACCUUCGCGAAGGAGAAGCCGGAUCACCUAAUUGGGAUUUGCAAGCUUUGGGACGCCUCUUCCCUUCUCGGGUUUGUGCCGGGUCCUCUGCCAGACAAGCAGCUCACGCGUCUUUUCGGAGCCUACAAAGCUCCCGGCAAGCUCCGCCAAAUCGGCGACCGAAGGGGCCAGAACGCCUCCGAGGCUCACUUGUGCGGCCCUUCGAGGUUCCUGCCGUCGGGCCCGCUGCUUUGCCGUGUCCACGUGCCUGCUGGUUGCAGCUUGGUCGGUUCCGUGACGGACCGGCGGGACUUUUACACACAGGCCAUGAUAUCCGAAGAGAGGUCGUGGACCAACGCCGUCGGGCCGGCGCUGCCCUUGAGGAGCCUUCUGGACACUGUCGCUGGCCAGGCUUUGCUUGCGUCAGGAUGGAGUGCUGGACUUCGCGCUCGGGCCUCCUGCCUUCCUCCUUCCCGGGCUUCGCUUCUCGUUGGUUCCGAGACCAUUGUGCACCCGACCUUCCGGUCUUUACUGCAGGGGGACGCGGGAGGGGUCGAAUACGCAACAGGGGGGCACCAAGGCUUGAUAAUCGACGACUUCUUUUGUUUGAGCGUCGAGGCCGGGGACUUCGUGCCAGGCUCGCCUUCCUCCUCCCUCGAUGCCCUUAGCCUCGCCAAACUUGCCUAUGAAUCGGAGGAGGUUGCAGGUGCCACCUACCUCGGCUUCCCCACUCAAAAGAGGCUGUCUUUAGCUGCUGCCUCGGUCCGUGCUGCCGAGUGCCCCUGCAUCUCUGAGGAGCUUGUUUCUUGCCUCACCGGCUCCUGGGUGUCGGCCCUCAUGUACAGGGUCGCGGGCGAACUUCAGCUCCUCUCCGUCCUCGCCCCGGUCAUCCUGACAAAUCUUUCUGCAGCCCCUUCCCCUCGAGUCUACGCCUCAGUAAGCGUGUCGCAGGGGGCUUUGUCUGAGAACCUCGGCCGGCUUGGGUUUUACGCCGGGCCUGUCAUCGACCCCACUCGGUCGAGACACUUCCGCCAUACAGCCCCCCGGCUACUGGAGUGGAUCCUCUUCUUGCUCUCCGAGAAAAGGCCUCCCCUCCGCUCUGCUGCUUGCCCGGAGGGUUUCGACGCAACCGAGCCUCGCACCAGAGAAGGCAACAAGCUCGCUCUUGCUCACCUGUGUCUCCUUCGGGCUGCUCUGAGGUGUGCAGCAGGUCUACAGGUCUCUGAGGCUGUUCUCGCAGCCGGCCCUCCAGGGACUGCGAAGAUGAGGGUCCUCAGCCGGGGCCUGCAGUUUGGGUUUGGAGACAAGCCCGCUGGUGAAACCGUCUGCCGGGAGGGCUUCGCCGGCCUCCUUGCCAAGGCCUUCGCUGGGGCAAUCUCUGAGCCGCGACCGGCCGAGCCAGACCACAAGCGAGGUCUUGAAAACCUGGCUGUCAACGACCUGUUGCUCACGGCCCCCUGGAAGACCGAGGCCUGCUGGAGGUGGAGGCGAAACGAGCACAUAAACUGCAGAGAGGCAAAGGCCGCCCAACGUGUUGUUUCUCAUGCCGCGGCCGCCGAGGGAGACUCAAAGGUCUCCCUUCUCCUUGACUCCUCAGUCGCCAGAGGGGCCAUUGGGAAGGGGAGGUCGCCCUCGAAGGCCCUCCGGCCUAUUCUCCUGAGAACCGGCGCGGUUGCCAUAGCUGGAGGGGUUCACCUCGGCCUGCACCACGCACCGACCAGGCUCAACGUAGCCGACGACCCGACUAGGGACGCAGAGCUGAGGCUGCCAGGGGGCUCUAGCCUAGUCUGUGACCAGGACCCCGACGUCGUCGAAGAGCUCUGCAACUUUGCCGGGCUUCGGCAGGCUGGCUUCGCCUGUCUCUCCUCCUCGCCCGUAAGGACUUCGACGCGUGCUUGGGCUUUCCGGGAGAAGGGCCCAUCGGACCGAGGAACCUCCAGGACGAAGCUUAACCGUGCCUCCCUCCUGGACCGUUUCAGCGACUGGCUUGGGGAGAAUGGGUUUGAGCGCGAAGCUUUCAUGCAGUGGCCCGCUGAGACCCUAGCCAAGACUUUGGAGCAGUUCGGCAGGGAACUCUUCGAGGCAGGCCGGCCUUACUGGCACUACGCUGAAACAAUCAAUGCCAUCAGCGCGCGCCGCCCGGCUGUCCGCCGCACUCUGCAGGGCGCCUGGGAUUUGGCCUUCAGUUGGCUCGCUUUGGAGCCCUACACCCACCACGUGGCGAUGCCAGCUGUGAUCCUGCUGGCGCUCUUAUCGGUUUGCCUUACCUGGGGGUGGCGAGCUGAAGCAGGGAUAUUCGCUUUGGCAUGGGGUGCCCUUCUUCGAAUCGGCGAGGCAACCGGAGCGGUUAGGUCCUCGCUGGUGCUGCCGAGGGAUACCCUGUGGAGCCAAGCCUUUAUUCUCUUGAAGAUAGACGAGCCGAAAACUCGCCUGCGUACCGCCAGGCAUCAAGCUGCAAAGGUCGAGGCCCAGGACCUUGUUCAGCUGAUAGAUCUGGCCUUUGCUCACCUGCCGGCCUACAGCAAGCUCUGGCCUCUUUCUGCCCAGACGCUACGUAAGAGACUGGACAGCGCGCUGGAAGCCCUACAAGCCACGGAGGACGCAGAGCUGGUACGCAGACGAGGUACUCAAGAAAGCCUCCUCGUGGACUCGGGAUCGGAUUCCCACGAGCGUGUGGUACAGACUCUGGAGCUCAGAGAGCGUUGCCACUGGCGAUGGCGACAG